GGUAAUUCCUCUCCUGAAAUUACUUUUGGAUGGAAGUAUGCUCUUUUCCGAUUAGAAGAUGGUAAUCUCGGAGAAUGACCAUGGAGAAGGGGAUGAGUUCAGGAGAAGGACUGCCUUCCAAGUCACCUCAGGUUUCGGCUGUUAAAGUAACAGCCAAAGAGUUGGAAACAAAGCAGUCCCAAAAAGAGAAACGAGGGGGCUUUGUGCUGGUGCACGCAGGUGCAGGUUAUCAUUCUGAAUCCAAAGCCAAGGAAUAUAAACAUGUAUGCAAACGGGCUUGUCAAAAGGCAAUUGAAAAACUACAGUCUGGUGCUCUUGCAACAGAUGCGGUGACCGCAGCUCUGGUGGAACUUGAGGAUUCUCCUUUUACAAAUGCAGGAAUGGGAUCUAAUCUCAAUCUUUUAGGUGAAAUUGAGUGUGAUGCCAGCAUAAUGGAUGGAAAAUCCUUAAAUUUUGGAGCAGUUGGAGCAUUGAGUGGAAUCAAGAACCCAGUCUUGGUUGCAAACAGACUUUUGUGUGAAGGGCAGAAGGGCAAGCUCUCAGCUGGUCGGAUUCCUCCUUGCUUUUUAGUUGGCGAAGGAGCCUACAGAUGGGCAGUAGAUCAUGGGAUUCCCUCCUGCCCUCCUACUGUCAUGACUACAAGGCAUGCCUUCAGUGCCUUCAGGCGUAGCUACAGAAGGCUAGAGCUGAAAGCAAAGUGUCCAACAAAUAUGAACCAGAUUCAGAAGAGGAAAUGGAAAGAGGAAAAGGAAAAUGACUCGGGCACUUUGGACACAGUAGGUGCUGUGGUUGUGGAUCAAGAAGGUAAUGUUGCUGCUGCUGUCUCCAGUGGAGGCUUGGCCUUGAAACAUCCAGGACGAGUGGGGCAGGCUGCUCUUUAUGGAUGUGGUUGCUGGGCUGAAAAUACUGGAACUCAUAAUCCCUACUCCACAGCUGUGAGUACCUCAGGAUGUGGAGAACAUCUUGUUCGCACCAUACUGGCUAGAGAAUGUUCACAUGCUUUGCAAGCUGAGGAUGCUCACCAAGCACUCUUGGAGACUAUGCAAAACAAGUUUAUCAGUUCACCUUUCCUCGCCAGCGAAGAUGGCGUGCUUGGGGGAGUAAUUGUCCUCCGGUCUUGCAGAUGCUCUACAGAGCCUGAUUCCCCACAAAAUAAGCAGAGACUUCUAGUGGAAUUUCUGUGGAGUCACACGACAGAGAGCAUGUGUGUUGGAUAUAUGUCAGCACAGGAUGGGAAAGCCAAGACCCACAUUUCAAGACUCCCUCCCGGUGCGGUGGCAGGACAGUCCGUUGCAAUCGAAGGUGGGGUUUGCCGCCUGGAGAGCCCAGUGAACUGA